CAGUCGCGAGGAGCGCGCGCACCGCACCACGCGGCAACGAACACGAACGACCCGCGAGACAUAACACACGGCAAUUGUUUGACUAAUAUGUGAUUUUAUAUAAGACUAUUUAAAAAUAUUUAAUCGUAAUAUAAGGAUCUCGUUUACAGUUUUACUAUAAGUUAUUAAUCGUUUAUUUAUUGAAAGUGGGACCAAAAUGACGAUAAAAAAUAAAAAGACGAAGACUAAAUCUAAGACGUCCGAGGCGUCGACCAGUGCGAGUAGUGUGCAGAAGUCCAGCUCCAGUACGUCCACGACCGUGCAGCAGAGCAGCAACACUCUGCAGAAGGUGUCGUCCGGCAAGAAAGUGCGCUACAUCCAGGUGAAGGUGGAAGAAGAAGAUCCUCUCAUGAUCACGGACAUCUCGGACAACAUGUCGCACACCGGCUCUACCGUGUCCGAAGCUUACAACAGCCAUCCUCACUACAUAAUCGCCGAAGCACCUUCCAUAACUGAUUUAUCCCAGCUGUCUCAAUCCCGCCAAGAUCACCAUGUCAGCGACAUGGUACAGUCGACCACUGGCGAGUUUGUAUCGAGCUCCCUGCAACAGUCCUCGACUUCGCAUCAGCAUAGCUCGACCAAUGAAACAUUCCAAUCGUCCUCCACAUCUGUGCAGCGUUCAGGAUCUAGUCACAGCCGCAGUCAACUUGAAAGCAGUAUCGACGCUACUGGCAGUCAGACUCUUAAUACCGGUUUUAUUGAUAACUCGGUUCGUGACAAUUCUGGCGUGAAUGCGAAAUUUUUGUCAAGAUCUCAAGGCGCUAAUUCUACUAAUUCGUUCCUCGAGAUGGAACGUCAAGAACUUACGUCACAGUCUAACGCACAAACUAGUGCUACUACGGAAGCUACGACGACUAGUUCAACUCAUCAAUCAUCGCAACAGCAUCAAAAAUCAGACCAGCAUCACAAAAAUAUAACUGGCGAUAAGAUAACUGGCCAGAACUUUUCUCCUAAAGGUAAAAACAUGCCAACUGUACAAUCGGAUUCCUCUAAUUUUUAUGGAGGUGAAGGUACUCUCGACAAGAACGUCAAUUCAAAACAGUACAGCAGCACGUCACAUACCAGUGAGGCUAAAAGUAGCAAUGUGACUAAAUCAUCGUCAUCGUCUCAUGUCGUGGAAAUUGUUGACGGUAAAGAACGCAUUAUCGACAGUUCGAGCAGGGAAUGGGGAGAUGCCCAAGAGAAAGCCACCAGUGAAGCCUACGCUAGUGUAAGUGGCACUGGCAUUAAGCCUCAAUCCGUGCACAGUGUGCAAAAUUACGACAUGAAGUCUAAAUAUGAUACUGGGAAACCAGGCCAGAAACCUUCCAGUCAGAUGACCAUUAAAGAAGAUUCGAAGCUUGUUAAAGACGGAAACCAGAUUACCACUCAUUCAAGUGAGAUUUCCGAAAAAGAUAAUGUUAAACAGCGGCAAAUUAGUUCUACACAAGAGCAGUUGCUAUCUACUGAUAAACAAUAUAAUGCUUCAACUUCAGACACUUCAAAACAUAUUACAGAUCAACAGAGCAAAAUGACAACAUCUGACACUUCAAAGCAUGUCCUUGAUCAACAGAAGCAUACAACUGUAUCAGACACAACUAGCCACAAAGUAAGCGAACAGCGUAGCACGUCAACUUCUGAUACUACCAACAUUCAGAGGAGCAGCAAUGUUGUUGAAAACAUCAACAAAACGAAUGAAACUGCUAAUGAGAGGAGAAAGAACUUAAAUCAAACCGAUUCGUCCAACUUUUAUGGCUACGAUUCAACUAUUCAAAACGAAUUGCAAAAAGUUGGCAAUAUUCUGAAUGUAGGAAAUGUCGACAAUCUUAAUUUUUCAACUAAAAUUAUGAAGAGUAACACAAGCAGUGCACAACAAGCAUCAACAUCUUCAUACAACAUUGAAAUAGUCGAUGGAAAGGAAACAGUUGUCGACAGUUCUCACCGAGAAUGGGGCGACAGCAAGGAUCAUUCCACGUAUGAAAAGAGUCACAAUAUUAGUGGCACCGGAAUUAAACCAGAACACGAGUACCGUCGUCACGUGCUCGAUAAAGAAUCUCAUUAUGAUACAGGGAAAAAAGGAGUCCCCACUAGUUCUACUCAAAUUACAGAAGAAUCGCUUUUGGUUAAAGAUGGCCAGGAAAUAGCCUCAACAAGCAAUACUUAUAUAGGCGAUUUCACUAAGAAAAGGGCAUUAACGGAGCACACUGACACUGAAGAUAUUCUGAAUAAGCGAAUCCAGGAUACUACUGACAAGUCUAAUAUUACUGAUUCCACUACCUAUCAAUCGACAACAACCGAUACCCAGUCUUCAAAUGUAAACAUUAAAGAUACGACUGAUUUUGUAAACAUUGAAAAGCAAAAUUUGACUAAAGAAACUAGCUCAACGUCUCAAACUAAGGAUACGUUGACCACUUAUGAGCAAAGUACUGGGACUUGGAACGGAAAGUUUGUCUAUGAAACCGAUGACGACAGGCCAAAAAGACCAAAAGAAAUGUCACCUUUUGGUAGACCAGAACCUAGGCACCACCUUAAGCGUCAAGAUACUGAAGAAAAUAUAAUUUUGUCUUCAAGAGAUAUCAAGGAUUUCACAUCCAUAACUGACUUAAGAAAGAUCAUUGAAUCAUCACAAUCUAAGAAAGACAUAACAGUCAGUGAUAAGAGCAUUAUUAUCAAACGAAACAUAGAUGACAGAGUCUUGAAGGACAUUCUUGAAACUGUCAAGAAAUAUCCAUUCAAAAGAAUCGAGAAAGUGACUUUUGGAACAAAAAUCAAUGAAGACGUUAAGGAUCUUUACGAAGGAAUAGACACCGAGGAGCAAACAACAGUCAUUAACACCAGCAAUACUGAUGUGAUUAAGAAAUCAUUCCAAGUGGAGAAGAAUAGAAGUCAGGUCGAGGUUAUCAGAUACGUUAAUGAAAACGGUAUCAAAACAAGGAUAGUCACUUACGAGGAUGCGAAAGAAGAUGAUAAAGUGAAAACAAACGUAUACGUGGACAAUACUUCGUCGUUAGACGUCAAAAACUUGAGCGACGUUCGUACGACGAAAGACGUAUUGCGCGAAUACGACGUGGUAGACCACGCCAUCACCGAAGACGUGACCACCGUCCGCUCUGUUUACGACGAGAAGAUCAACAAGAAAACAGUGCGAGACGACAGGACCACCGUAGACGAGACGGUCAUCAUCGAGGAGACCAGGCCUCGCGGUCCCAAGAAACCUGAGAAGACCGUCGUUAAGGAGCAGUGUAUCUGCGAAAUCUGCACUUGUGGGCGUCACCGCUGCCCACACAACGAUGUCCCGGAGCCAUUGUUCGAUGUGGCGCACACGACGAGCGUGGUCUCCGCGUACAAGCAAGACUACGACGAGAAGCACGUCAGCCGCACUACGGCCGUCCACCACGAGGACCAUCUUCGCCUCGAGGGCGAUUUCCAGAAGCCCGAGCGCCCCGAAUGGCACCCCGCCGAACGGCCCAAACCCACCAAACCAGAGGAUAAUCUUAGACCCGAGGGCGAUUUUGAGAAGAGGCGUCCGGAAGAAUGGCGCCCCGGCGACAGAGCUCCCGUGAAAAGGCCAGAAGAUAACCUCAAACCAGAGGGUGAUUUUGAAAGGAGGCGCCCCGAGGAGUGGCGUCCAGGUGACAGAGCACCUAUUCGACGUCCCGAGGACAACCUCAAGCCCGAGGGAGAAUUUGAGAAACGCCGCCCAGAUGAAUGGCAACCGGGAGACCGUGCCCCUGUCCGCAAGCCUCAGGACAAUCUUCGCCCAGAAGGUGACUUUGAGAAACGUCGCCCGGAGGAAUGGAAACCGGGCGACCGGGCCCCUGUUCGUCGUCCCGAUGACAAUUUGAGACCCGAAGGCGACUUUACCACUCCUGAAAAAGAACAAUGGCGUCCAGCGGAAAGGCAGACACCGAAAAAGCCAGAAGACAAUUUGCGCCCUGAGGGCGAGUUUACCUCUCCCGAGAAACAACCCUGGCAGCCUGCCGACAGGCAGAAACCUAAAAAGCCUGAGGACAAUCUUAGACCAGAGGGUGACUUUGAAAAACGACGACCUGAAGAGUGGCGCCCGGGAGACAGGGCACCAGUACAUAAACCCGAGGAUAAUUUAAGACCUGAGGGGGAAUUCACUUCGCCUGAGAAAGUGCCUUGGCGCCCAGCUGAGAGGCAGAAGCCCAAGAAACCAGAAGACAACUUGAAGCCUGAAGGUGACUUUGAAAAGCGCAAACCCGAAGAAUGGCAGCCGGGUGACAGAGCUCCGGUGCGAAAACCGGAGGACAAUCUCAGGCCUGAAGGAGAUUUUGAAAAACGCCGACCGGAAGAUUGGCAGCCAGCGGAUCGCCAAAAACCCAAGAAACCUCAAGACAACCUGAGACCCGAAGGUGAUUUUGAAACACAGAAGCCUGACGAAUGGCGCCCCGCUGAACGUCGUGAACCAACUAAGCCGAAAGAUAAUCUCAAACCUGAAGGUGAUUUCGAAAAGCCGAAACAUGAUGAGUGGCGACCAGCCGAAAGGCAGACUCCUAAGAAACCACAAGACAAUCUCAAACCUGAAGGUGAUUUCGAGAAGAGAAGACCUGAAGAAUGGCAACCGGGUGAUAGAGCCCCUGUGCGAAAGCCAGAGGAUAAUUUGAGGCCUGAGGGAGAUUUCGAAAAACGCCGACCAGAAGAUUGGCAGCCUGCUGAUAGACAGAAACCUAAAAAACCUCAGGAUAACCUGAGACCUGAAGGCGAAUUUGAAACCCAAAAGCCCGAUGAAUGGCGCCCCGCUGAACGACGUGAGCCAACUAAACCGAAAGAUAAUCUUAAGCCUGAGGGUGAUUUUGAGAAACCUAAACACGACGAGUGGCGUCCGGCUGAAAGGCAAACUCCUAAGAAACCCCAAGACAAUCUUAGACCAGAAGGUGAUUUUGAAUCUCCAAGGCAUGAGGAAUGGCGUCCUGCGGAGAGACCAGAAAUCAAAAAGCCAAAGGAUAACUUAAGACCUGAAGGUGAUUUUGAAAAACCCAAGCAUGAUGAGUGGCGGCCGGCUGAAAGACAGACUCCUAAGAAGCCUCAAGAUAAUCUCAGACCGGAAGGCGAUUUUGAAACCCAUAAACCAGAUCAAUGGCGUCCAGCGGAACGCAGAGAGCCUACAAAACCCAAGGACAACCUCAAACCAGAAGGAGAGUUCGAGCAGCCGAAGCAUGAUGAGUGGCGCCCAGCAGAGAGGCAGACUCCUAAAAAACCUCAAGAUAAUCUGAAGCCUGAGGGAGAGUUUGCUCAACGCCAGCCUGAUGAGUGGCGUCCGGGUGACAGAGCUCCAGUGCGCCGUCCCGAAGACAAUCUUAAGCCAGAAGGAGAAUUCACAUCACCCAAAAAAGAUGAAUGGAGACCGGCAGAAAAAGCUGUAGUAAAGAAGCCAGAAGACAACUUACGGCCAGAAGGAGAGUUUACCAAGAGAACAACAGACUACACGGUUGUCACUGGCGAGAGGGCUGAAAUUAUUCGCCGAACCGAUAACAUCAUUACGGAAGGGGAGUUCACAGAUACUACUACGUCUCGCACCGAAUAUACCAUAAAACCAGUCGAAAGACCAAAACCUGUGCGACGGAACACUUGGACAAAGAUCGAAGGAGAAAUGACCACAGAUACAACCUCAAAAUCGGAAUACAUCGACUAUACCGACAUAGUUGAAAGAACUGUUAUAGCUACGAAGAAAACCGACAAUUUAAUUCAAAAAGGUGAAAUUGAAUUCGUGACUUCCAACCAGGAGGAUUACACGAAAAAAAUGACACCGGUUGAACGUCCCCAAAGACGUCGCACUUGGACUAAAGAAGAUUUUGAAAAGUUCUAUUCAACAGAUGAAUUGCAAAAAGUUACAACCACACAAGAAGAAUAUAGAACGUAUGAAGAAACUGACAUCAGACAGCAACAGAUUAUUAGGAAAGAUAACCUUCACAUGGAAGGAACGUUCGAAACUCACACUGUGUCUCACGAUGCUUAUCAAGGCUCUGAAUUGAUUGAAAGGCCAAAACAAAAGAAACCAAUAGAUAAUCUUCGACCUGAAGGUGAAUUUGAAACUCCUAAGCAAGACAAGUGGCGUCCCGCCGAGCGACGGGAAAUUACUAAGCCAAAAGAUAACCUUAAACCAGAAGGAGAAUUUGAAUCACCUAAACACGAGGAGUGGCGUCCUGCUGAGAGACCAGAGGUAAAGAAACCGAAGGACAACCUAAGACCGGAAGGUGAUUUUGAAACCCAGAAGCCCGAUGAAUGGCGCCCUGCUGAACGUCGUGAGCCGACUAAGCCUAAAGACAACCUGAAACCAGAGGGUGAAUUUGAAAAACCGAAGCACGACGAAUGGCGCCCGGCAGAGCGACAAACUCCAAAGAAACCACAAGACAAUUUAAGACCUGAAGGCGACUUUGAAACGCAAAAACCAGAUCAAUGGCGUCCAGCGGAACGCCGGGAGCCUACCAAACCUAAGGACAACCUCAAACCAGAAGGAGAGUUCGAGCAGCCGAAGCACGAGGAGUGGCGUCCAGCCGAACGUCAAACACCCAAAAAGCCUCAAGACAAUCUGCGUCCUGAAGGUGAUUUUGAGAGUCAGAAGCCCGAUGAAUGGCGCCCCGCUGAACGUCGUGAGCCGACUAGACCCAAGGACAACUUAAAACCAGAGGGUGAAUUUGAGAAGCCAAAACAUGACGAGUGGCGGCCAGCCGAGAGACAAACUCCUAAAAAGCCUCAAGAUAAUCUAAAGCCUGAAGGUGAAUUUGAGUCACCAAAGCCUGAGGAAUGGCGCCCAGCCGAAAGGCCUGAAGUUAGAAAGCCAAAAGACAAUCUUAAACCUGAAGGCGACUUCGAGACGCAGAAACCUGACCAAUGGCGUCCUGCUGAGCGUCGUGAACCAACAAAGCCCAAGGACAAUCUAAAGCCUGAAGGAGACUUUGAGACUCAGAAACCCGAAGAAUGGCGUCCUGCUGAACGCCGUGAGCCGACUAAACCCAAGGACAACUUAAAACCAGAGGGUGAUUUCGAAAAGCCAAAACAUGACGAGUGGCGGCCAGCCGAGAGACAAACUCCUAAAAAGCCUCAAGAUAAUCUAAAGCCUGAAGGUGAAUUUGAGUCACCAAAGCCUGAAAAAUGGCGCCCAGCCGAAAGGCCUGAAGUUAGAAAGCCAAAAGACAAUCUUAAACCUGAAGGCGACUUCGAGACGCAGAAACCUGACCAAUGGCGUCCUGCUGAGCGUCGUGAACCAACAAAGCCCAAGGACAAUCUAAAGCCUGAAGGAGACUUUGAGACUCAGAAGCCCGAUGAAUGGCGACCCGCCGAACGUCGCGAGCCGACUAAGCCUAAGGACAACUUAAAACCAGAGGGUGAAUUUGAGAAACCAAAACAUGACGAGUGGCGGCCAGCCGAGAGACAAACUCCUAAAAAGCCUCAAGAUAAUCUAAAGCCUGAAGGUGAAUUUGAAUCACCAAAGCCUGAGGAAUGGCGCCCAGCGGAAAGGCCUGAAGUUAGAAAGCCAAAAGACAAUCUUAAACCUGAAGGCGACUUCGAGACGCAGAAGCCUGACCAAUGGCGUCCUGCUGAGCGUCGUGAACCAACAAAGCCCAAGGACAAUCUAAAGCCUGAAGGAGACUUUGAGACUCAGAAACCCGAAGAAUGGCGUCCCGCUGAACGCCGUGAGCCGACUAAGCCUAAAGACAACUUAAAACCAGAAGGUGAAUUUGAAAAACCUAAGCAUGAUGAAUGGCGUCCAGCAGAGCGGCAAACUCCUAAGAAACCACAAGAUAAUUUAAGACCAGAAGGCGAAUUUGAGUCCCCGAAGCACGAAGAGUGGCGUCCUGCCGAGCGACCGGAAGUGAGAAAGCCAAAGGACAACUUAAGACCUGAAGGUGAAUUUGAAAAACCCAAGCAUGACGAAUGGCGUCCAGCUGAGAGACAGACUCCUAAGAAACCUCAAGACAACUUGAAGCCGGAAGGAGAAUUUGAACAACCGACACAUGAGGAAUGGCGACCAGCAGAAAGGCAAACUCCUAAAAAGCCACAAGAUAAUCUGCGACCUGAAGGUGACUUUGAAACUCAGAAACCUGACCAAUGGCGUCCGGCUGAACGCCGUGAACCUACUAAACCUAAGGAUAACCUUAAGCCUGAGGGUGAUUUUGAGACCCAGAAGCCAGAUGAGUGGCGCCCUGCUGAACGCCGAGAACCAACCAAGCCCAAAGACAACCUGAAGCCAGAGGGUGAAUUCGAACAGCCGAAACAUGACAAAUGGCAGCCCGCAGAACGUCCGGAGGUGAAGAAACCGAAAGACAACCUUAAGCCUGAGGGAGAUUUUGAAACUCAGAAGCCAGAGCAAUGGCGUCCUGCUGAACGCCGUGAGCCGACGAAGCCAAAAGAUAAUCUGAAACCUGAAGGUGAUUUUGAGAAACCUAAACAUGACGAAUGGCGCCCAGCGGAGCGUCAAACUCCUAAGAAACCGCAAGAUAAUUUAAGACCAGAGGGUGAAUUUGAAUCUCCAAGGCAUGAGGAAUGGCGCCCUGCGGAGAGGCCUGAAGUCAGGAAGCCAAAAGAUAACCUCAAACCCGAAGGUGACUUUGAGACACAAAAACCUGAUCAAUGGCGUCCCGCUGAACGCCGUGAGCCGACUAAACCUAAGGAUAAUCUGAAACCAGAGGGUGAAUUCGAAAAACCGAAGCACGAUGAGUGGCGUCCGGCUGAGAGACAAACUCCUAAGAAACCUCAAGACAAUUUGAGACCUGAAGGUGACUUCCAACAGCCUACACACGAGGAGUGGCGUCCGGCCGAACGCCAAACACCGAAAAAACCUCAGGAUAAUUUGCGGCCUGAGGGAGAAUUCGAGAAACCAAAACAUGACGAAUGGCGACCAGCAGAGAGGCAAACUCCUAAAAAGCCUCAAGAUAAUCUCAAGCCUGAAGGCGAGUUUGAGUCGCCCAAACCUGAGCAGUGGCGCCCUGCGGAAAGGCCUGAAGUCAGGAAGCCAAAAGAUAACCUCAAACCCGAAGGUGACUUUGAAACACAAAAACCUGAUCAAUGGCGUCCCGCUGAACGUCGUGAGCCAACUAAACCUAAAGAUAAUCUUAAGCCAGAGGGUGAAUUCGAGCAGCCUAAACACGACAAAUGGCAGCCAGCAGAACGCCCGGAGGUUAAGAAACCGAAAGACAACCUAAAGCCUGAAGGAGAUUUUGAGUCCCAGAAGCCAGAUGAGUGGCGCCCUGCAGAACGUCGGCAACCAACCAAGCCCAAAGAUAACUUGAAACCAGAGGGUGAAUUCGAGAAACCUAAACACGAUGAGUGGCGUCCGGCUGAAAGACCUGAAGUGAAGAAACCUAAAGACAACUUGAAACCUGAAGGUGAUUUCGAAAAGCCGAAGCAUGAUGAGUGGAAGCCUGCUGAACGGCAAACACCUAAAAAACCACAGGACAAUCUCCGUCCAGAGGGCGAAUUCGAGACUCCCAAACAGGAUAAGUGGCGCCCAGCAGAAAGACCAGAAGUCAAGAAGCCGAAAGACAACUUGAAACCUGAAGGAGAGUUCGAAAAACCAAAACACGAUGACUGGAAGCCUGCAGAACGACAAACUCCUAAAAAGCCUAAAGAUAAUCUUAAGCCUGAAGGUAAAUUUGACAGGCCAGAGAAACCAAAACCAUUGCCUGCAGGCGAAAGGCCAGUUCAAAAGAAACCUGAAGAUAACUUAAAGCCCGAGGGCGAUAUGGAAGUUGUGCGCCGAACUGAUUACACAGCAACUCGAGGAGACCGCGUCGACGUAGUCAAGCACGAAGACCACCUUAAAAUGGAAGGAAAGAUUGAUGUUCAUCGUUCUCGGGAUGACUAUAAGCGAAUUGAAAAAACGGAAAAAGUGGUGAUCACGAAACAUGAAGACAAUCUGAGAACUGAAGGAGAGUUUAUUGACAUGCAAAUCCGAAAUGAUUACUCUGCAACCAAGGGAGAAAGGGCUACCGUGGUCAAACCUCAAGACAAUUUGAAACCUGAUGGUAAAUUUUACAGACCUGAAGCUGUUCCUUCUCAACCUGCUGAGAAGCGUAAACCUUUUAAAUAUGUCGACAAUAUUACUAUUGAGAAAGACACUGAUAUCAGACGAAAUAAACACUUAGAGCGAGUUGAUAUAAUUAGACGUGAGGACAACUUGAAAAUAGAGGGUGAAUUCGUUGAUCUGAAACAGAAAAAUGACUACACAGUCGUAACAGGUGAACGUGCUGCCAUUGUAAAACAUGAAGAUAACUUGAAGAUGGAGGGAAAAAUGGAAAACAUCCGAUCUUCAGAUACUUAUCGUGUGGUAAAAGGACAGAGAGUUAAGUUGACUCGCAGAGAAGAUAACCUUAAAAUCGAAGGAGUAUUUGAAGAUCACGUUCGUAGAAAUGAUUACAGUGUAACAAAAGGGGAAAGAUCAGCUAUUAUUUAUCACCCGGAUAACUUGAAACCUGAAGGUCAAUUCGAAAAGAGACCUGUUGAAGAACCAGUUACUGGAGAGAAAAGAACACCUAUAAAGGGCACAGAUAAUUUGAAACCAGAGGGAGAUUUUGACAGACCUACAAAACCUAAAUGGGAAUCUGCGGAACGACCGGAUGUAGUCAAACCACGUGACAAUUUGCAUCCUGAUGGCGAAUUUGAUAGACCGGCGAAGACGAAAUGGGUUCCAGGCGAAAGACCAGACCAAGUUAGACCAGUAGAUAAUUUGCACCCUGACGGAGAAUUCCAUGAUAGGCCCAAGGAGCGCUGGCAACCUGGAGAAACUCCUUCACAGGUACGUCCAAAAGAUAACUUGAAGCCAGAAGGUGACUUUGAUCGUCCUGAGCGACCAAAAUGGCAAAAGGGUGAUAGGCCCGAACAAGUCAGACCGACCGAUAACCUGCAUCUUGAAGGAAAAUUCCAGGACAAGCCUAAGGAACGUUGGCAACCCGGGGAAACUCCGUCUCAAGUCCGUCCGAAAGACAAUUUAAAACCGGAAGGAGACUUUGACCGUCCCGAUCGCCCAAAAUGGCAAAAAGGUGAGAGACCCGACCAGGUUAGGCCAACAGACAAUCUGCAUCCGGAAGGCAAGUUCCAAGAUAGACCGAAGGAAACCUGGAAGCCCAGAGAAACUCCAUCACAAGUUCGCCCGAAGGAUAACUUAAGACCCGAGGGUGACUUUGAUCGCCCAGAACGGCCUAAGUGGCAAACAGGAGAUCGGCCUAGUGCUGUUAAGCCAAAAGACAACUUGUACCCAGAAGGUCCCUAUGCACCAACAACCGUAGAUAGAACCAGCUCUAAACAAACAAACGAGUUCGCAAGAAAAACAACAGAGUCAGAGACCAUUACUGGCCAAGAUAUUAGAAACAUUGAUUCCAAACGUACGAAUAUUGUCAGACAUGACACCGCAACAAGCCGGGACGAUACAAUGCAUGCUACUCAUUUAGAAUCACACCUGCAAAAAUCAAGCUCCCACAGUGAACACUCAACCGUUAGAAAUAUUCAAUCUGGAACUCACGUGGCGCAUUCGACUGUUACGUCACAAAAUGUAAUUGACCGCACUGAUUCACAAAAUAAUGUCGAUAAAACUACAUUAAUACGCAAACACGACGAAACUGGGAAAGAUACAGAUCGUUCUGUUAUUAAACAUGUAGACAAAAAUACUGUCAAUAAGCAUGAUUCUAAGAAUAUUAAAAACGUUCAAUCUUCGACGUCGUCGACUACAAAGACAAUGAAGCAAGUUACAGAAAAGAAGCUUGUGGGCGGAAAAUGGGUUACCGUAACGAGAAAUGUGGAGACGAAUAUUUCAACUAGUGGACCUGGUGACCGACCCUCUGGCAAGAAGCCAAAAGAUAAUUUGCAUUUAGAUGGUGAUUUUGAAGGACGUCCUAAGACUAAGUGGCAACCAGGAGACACUCCAGCUCAAGUUCGUCCAAAAGACAAUUUAAAACCUGAGGGUGAAUUCGACCGACCGGCGAAGUCAGAAUGGCAAGCGAGUGAAAGACCAAGUCCAAUUAGACCGAAAAAUAAUUUACACCCUGAAGGUGAAAAGUACACAAACGGUCAUAUUGUACACGAAGACACUAUGAGAAUACAAUCACAAGAUAUAUCUAAGAAAACAACUGACAGUAGGUCUCAGGUGGGUCGCGACGAUUCUAACAUUCAGUCAAGAGAUUCACGGGUACAAACUACGACGAGCUCAUCAGAUCACCACGAUGGAAAGACAAAGACUAUGCACACUGAAUCUCAUACUACCAUUCAUAGUGGUGUCCAAAGUUCUACAACUAAACAUUCAACAUCUGGUUCCCAAAUAACACACGCUACAGUUACUGCUCAGGGUACUGAUCGUACUGGAUCGCAGCGCAAUAUUAGUAAAACUUCACAAGACGCCACUGACAGAUCUUCAUCUCGAACUGUUACUGAUAAAAAUAAAAUAGUACAGGACUCACGAAACGUUAAAAACUUAUCUUCUUCAAUCAAUAAGACCAUGAAGGAAGUAUCUGAGAAGAAACUAGUAGCAGGAAAAUGGGUCACGGUUACUCGUAAUGUAGAAGUAAAUACAACUACACAAGGAGGUGAUACAAACAAUCUUAAAACUGUUCAGGAUAAAGGGAGUGUUGAUAGACAGACUCGAGCUGAUUCUAGUCAAAGAAUUGUGUCAACGGAUGAAUCGGCCAUAUCUUCGUCUUCACAACAGCGCACAUCAGUGAAUAGACACACUCAACGCAACUCUUCCAAUAUCAUACAUAGUGGAAGCCACUUAGAGGAGCAUAGCUCUAAAUCAAGUCAACAGACGCACGUCACUGGCAGGAAUCAACUGAGCGACAGCGUAGCCAGAACCAGUAUAGAGUUCCAAAAAGCCAUGCACGGGGGUGAUACUUCUACUACUGUAAUUGACAAUUCCAGUCGUUCCGGGCAUCACAAGAGGACAUCUGAUCUAGUUACCGAUGCGUCCAACACCGUUCUUCAUCGCAAAGGAAUCUCCUCGGCCACUGAAGCCCAACAUUCUAUAAGUUCAACGGCAUCGGCGCAGCGUAAGAGCAUCGGAAAUCUAAACGAUAGAGGAGAGUACAUCAGUAACUCGUCCCACAGCACUGAUAGAAAGAGCAUCAGUUCCAUGCACCGUUCAGCUCGCGAUAACAUGGGUGUUAUUUCGCAGCACUCAGAUAGGCAGCAAACCAAACGCGACGGCCAGUCGACGUUGGUUGCCGAGAGGCAGCCAAAAGUACGAGAUAACAUACAAGUCGGCGGGGAAUUCUACGGGCGUUCCGAAGCCAAUUCCUACGGCAGUUUUUCACGUUCGGAGAACUCGCAGAAGGUGCAGCGCAAUGAGCGCACGGAGCGGGUGGUGCGGCACGGGCACACGUCGCACUUCGUGCUGGGCGGCGACAGCACCAGCUACAAGCAGGAGUUCACGACGCACGUGCACGGCCCGUGCCCCGCCACGCUCAUCGAAGCCCCGCGCACUCCAUUUAAGCACACUCGUGAUACACGCGAACACAAAUUCUAUGCCGCAAAAGUAACGCGUUAAAUACUAUUUAAAACGUAUGAUUAUACUGUGUUUUGAGCCUUCGUUCAUUCCUUUUGAAUGUGCCUUACUAGAGCUUGUUUAUUUAAAAUGUUAAAUUAAAGCAUAAUAAGUAAUUACCUACUUUUUAAAACGCAAUCUAACAUUGCUAGUCUUAUACAAUUAACAUGCCCAUUUUCUUAAGCAUUAUAAUUUAACAAUUAACAUGUUGAAGUAUGCCUAUACAAAGCAAAUCAUUUAUUAUUAUUAUUUACCUAUUAUAAUGUCAAACAUUGCCAUGUAAUAAAUUUUAUAUUAAAA